GCAAUAUUCUGACUCAAAAUCAUGCAGUAGGUUUCUCAUUUUCAUAAUAGACAUUGGGUAUUCGAAGCUACUUGUAUGAACAUGUCAAGAACUUAACAUGUGCUGCAGGAAUGUUGUCUCGUUUAGUGAUGGGGUACCCAGCAAAAGCACCGGUGUCCCAUAUUUCUAUUUGACAACCCUUGAUCCAACAGCAAGAAAUGCAUUAAAAGACCAGCGGUUCUCACUUAUAAUCAGUGAGUAUCCGCUCGGAACUUGUGGCAAUGUCGACCCAGAAAGUCCUGCAUGUGCAAAAAUCACACUCACGGGAAAGUUGGUACUAGUUGAAGCAAACUCUAAAGAGGCCGAAUUUGGUCAAACUGCGUUGUUCACAAAGCAUCCUGAGAUGAAGGGGUGGCCUAAGGGUUAUGAUUUUCGGAUUUUCAAAUUGGCGAUCGAAGACAUCUUUAUGAUUAACUGGUUUGGUGGACCUAAAUCUCUCACAGUUGAUGAAUACCUCAAAUACCAAACGAACAAAUUUGCCACUGAUAAGUGAAAGGGCGAAAUGCGAGGCCCAACUCCAUUAUCAUACAUGGUUAUAAUUGUAA